ACCCGGCUGGAUCCUCCCACUUCAAACCGUCAGUGGAGCGUGUCAGUGUAGCAGCACUUUUCCCUCUGGACUAACAACUAAAAACAUGCUGUCAUUCGCUCUCAAGCAACUCACACGGCCACUGUACCACCGGGCCCCUGUUUGCCUCAGUGUGCGUCUCCAGCAGUCCCACGCAGCCACCCGUACAUCAGAUGAAGAUCGCCCUUGGACUGGUCAGGAGAGCCUGGCUGAGGAUGACCCUGAAAUGUGGGCUCUGCUGCAGAAGGAGAAGGACAGACAGAGCCGUGGUUUGGAGCUAAUUGCAUCGGAGAAUUUCUGCAGUCGAGCAGCUCUGGAAGCUCAGGGUUCCUGCCUGAACAACAAAUAUUCAGAAGGCUACCCAGGGAAAAGGUACUACGGUGGAGCUGAGGUGGUUGACCAAAUUGAACUUUUAUGUCAGAAACGAGCUUUGGAGGCCUUUGACCUGAACCCAGAGAAGUGGGGUGUCAACGUCCAGCCGUACUCUGGUUCUCCUGCUAACUUUGCUGCCUACACCGCUGUGCUCAACCCCCAUGAACGUCUGAUGGGCUUGGACCUGCCUGAUGGAGGACAUUUGACACAUGGCUACAUGUCUGAUGUGAAGAGGAUCUCUGCAACCUCAAUCUAUUUUGAGUCCAUGCCCUACAAGUUAAAUCCUGCAACGGGACUCAUAGACUACGAGCAGAUGGAGAUGACAGCCAAGCUGUUCCGGCCCAAGCUCAUCAUCGCUGGCACCAGCGCCUAUGCUCGCCUCAUUGACUAUGCCCGCAUCAAGAAGCUGUGCACAGAAAUUAAUGCCUACAUGCUUGCUGACAUGGCUCAUAUCAGUGGUUUGGUGGCAGCCAAAGCAAUCCCCUCCCCCUUUGAUCAUGCUGACCUGGUCACGUCCACCACACACAAGUCCCUCAGAGGAGCAAGGGCUGGUCUUAUCUUUUAUCGUAAAGGUGUUCGCUCAGUGGACAAGAAAGGAAAGGAAAUCAUGUAUGACCUGGAAGACAAGGUCAACUUUUCGGUGUUCCCCUCCCUGCAGGGGGGACCUCACAACCACGCCAUUGCUGGUGUAGCUGUGGCUCUCAAGCAGGCACAAGCGCCAAUGUUCAGAGAAUACAUUGCCCAGGUACUCAAGAACUCCAAGGCCAUGGCUGCAGCUCUCCUCAGUAAAGGCUACACAGUAGUAUCAGGUGGAACCGACAACCACCUGGUUCUGGUGGACCUCCGGCCUAAGGGCAUCGAUGGGGCUCGAGCUGAGAGGGUGCUGGAGCUCGUGUCGAUCACGGCCAAUAAGAACACGUGCCCAGGGGACAAGAGCGCCCUGACCCCGGGUGGCCUCAGGCUGGGUGCUCCAGCCCUGACUUCCAGACAGUUCAAGGAAGAUGACUUUGUCCAAGUUGUUGAGUUCAUGGAUGAGGGUUUUAAGAUUGCAUUGGAUGUGAAAAAGAAGACUGGAAAGCUCCAGGACUUUAAGAACUUCCUUCUCCAGGACCCAGAGACAGUGGCUCGUAUCGCCGAUCUGCGACACCGGGUCGAGGCUUUUGCCAGGCCGUUCCCCAUGCCUGGGUUCCCCGACCAUUAGGCCAGCCCGCGUGGAGCCACUGCUCUGUAACAGCCAGGUGGCAGACAGCUGGCUGGGCAGGCAUGUGCACAGUGAAAAUGGAAAAAUGUCAUGGUAGUGAAAUGUGGAUGGUGCCUGAGAAUUGGAACGACUCAAGUAAAUUUUUCCAGUCUGAUCUCUGGAACCACAUUUUUAUUUUUUUACUUUUUGCUGUCAAUCACAAGUCUAUUCUUGUAAAAUCAUAACCUUCAGUUUGAGGUAAAUAAACAAAAAAAAAAGUGAUGACAGACUUUGUGCAGCAGAAGAACCCUGUUAUCUGUGUUGUGUGAAGAUUAUUCUCAGCUGUCUUCACACUGUUCAUUUAAAGCAAGCGUGAAGAAAAAGAAAAUGUCAAAUCAAAGAAAGACCAACAUUUUGUCUCCGUCUCUGACUUUUCUAAGUGAAAAUAUUAGCUUUAGGACACACACAGUCUUAAUUUUUCUUAAGAUUCCUAACCAGCUUCACUCCUCUUAUUUUCACAGUAAGAUUUGUAGAUGACAGCUUCGUCUGAGGUGUUUUUGUCCAAAUAUAACUUUUAUUUUUCUUUUUUUGAAAACUACUUCAAAAUAGAAACAAGUUUAUUAAAGUAAGAUAAUACAGAAUGUGGAUUGAAUAUAUUUACUUUAUGCAACACUACAAAUCAUGCUCAUAAAAUGUUUAAAACUUCCAUUUCGUAGUGUUAUAAA